UUUGAAAGACGCGCUAUUAAUAUGGUGUUUUUUUUCUAAUAUUAAACUUCCCCAAACAACAUCAAAAAAUAAACAUAACCUCUAGGUGUCGGUAACCGUUGACUAUCAAAAAAUUGACUAAAAUGCUGCCGUUAUGGUCAAAUACGUGGUUAAUAAAGCGAAAAUGUUUUCGUGUAAGAAUCUUUCCGGAAUUGAGACGGCUCUAAAAAUCGAUAAACAAGGAAAGUCAGUGACCAUAACCCUUGAACAAAAGGUCACGUCACUAGUGUACAGGGGUGCGGUUUAUGUGAUUGGGGCUGCCUUAGCAUUAGUUAUGAUUUAUUUAUUUUUUGUAAAAAAUGUGAAUACUAUUAAGUGUCUCAGUACGAUUUUUGUUAUUUUCUCGUCAUACCACUUUUUAGGAUUAGUUUAUGAAGAGUCAUUAGUGAUGGUACAUUCUUUGGGAUACCACAUUUCUUCCAAAAGUUUUGUUGGCCAGAAGGAUUUGUUCAUUCCUUGGAAUCAAGUACAAAGUAUUUUUAUUAAUGAGGUUAUUGUUAGGCAUAAAGUGAUUCAUUUGUUAACUAUCUUAACCAGAGAGAAAGGAGAGGAGAAGCUGAUUCCGUUAUUUUUGGAACUACAGCCACGGCUGAAGCAUUUAGAGUUAAUCUGCAAGCAUUUAAAGAGAGCGAACAGCUGAUAUUACUGAUUUUUACUACCUCUUAAGUAUAAAUUUUGUAUGUUUUUUGUUGAUUUUUUUAUUUUUACAUUUUUACUGUUUGCCAUGUAUUAGUAGACAUUCUAAAAUAGAGAACCAUAUAAAAAGGA